GUUUUGUUGCUUUUCAUAACUUUUGCUUUCUCUUCCCUCCCAAAUUGUGUUUUUCUUUUUCUCCCUCUGACCUAACUGUCGAAUGAUCCCUCUCUCCCACACUCAACAGCCAGAGUUCUUGUUUGAUUCUCGUCUAAACCAUAGAAAUUUUGAGAGAAGCAACAAAACAAUCAGAAGAGAUGAGUCCAUCAAAUCUGGCAGCGCAGUUUGGUGAUACAACGUACACGAAGGUGUUUGUGGGGGGGUUGGCAUGGGAGACGCACAAGGACACCAUGAAGAAAUACUUUGACCAGUUUGGCGAGAUCUUGGAGGCUGCGGUCAUCACUGAUAAGGCCACCGCCAGAUCCAAGGGCUACGGUUUCGUAACCUUUCGAGACCCUGAAGCCGCCAUGAGAGCCUGUGUUGAUGCUGCUCCUGUGAUUGACGGGAGAAGGGCUAACUGCAACCUUGCAUCUCUGGGAGUUCAGAGAUCUAAACCUUCUACUCCAAAGCAUGCAGGGGGAGGGAGAAACUUGAGGGUAAUGAGGUCAUAUCACACAGCUUUUGCUUCACCAUCCUUCCCUCAGGCUCAGUAUGCCAUCCAACAAGGCAUUCCUUACAAUGUUUAUGGCUACUCCCCGGACUACAGUUACCCCACGAGCUACUACAAUGUGUAUGGAGGGACAAAUGCCCAAUUUCCUAUGUAUGGAAGUGGACAUAGUGGAAUGCUGAGCGGUGCUUUUUACCCCUAUCUCCAAUUUGGAGAAGGAAACAGUGGGUACACUUCCGGCCAGAAUUAUGGUGUUCAGUACCCACACCCCCUCUUUCAGUAUUCAGCUGCCAGUGGAGGGUAUGCCCAGCACUAUGGUACACCCUUUUCUCUCGCUCCUACUGCAUCGUUGCAAUCAGUGUGUUUUGCUGUGCCACAGGCCUGACUGUAGCACUUCGUGCUCCGCCAAUCCCUCAUUGCUAGAGACAAUACUUGAUCGUAUGUUUCGUUCGAGGUUCCAACGACCUUCGGCCUAACCAUGGUUCUCUCUCUCCCUAGUUUACACAAGCCCCCUAUAGGGGCUACAUACAAAGAUUUAGAGAGUCGUGUCAUGCAUCCUUUUCCCAUUUGCAUAGUAUUUUUUUUCUUUGGAAGAAGGGUUCCUUUCAAAAAGAGAACCGAUUCAUCAACUCAAAGCUACCGGGCUAGUUUUGUGGGAAUCAGUUAGCUGCAAUCAUUAGUCCCAGGAGGAUGCUAAUGAAAUUGUUAACCAUUUACAUAGAAAGGCUAAUCUGAAAAUGGUUUGCAUAAAAAGAAACUGUACAUUCAGCCUCACAAAAUGGCAAACCUAGAAUUUGGAAUAGCAUUUUUGUUUUUUAGUAUUUUCAAAAUUGCUAAUCCUUCAACAACAGACAAAGAGGCAGGUUUAGCAAAGUUAACUUCAUGGCCGGGGCCUGGAUGCCCCUCUGUUUCUGUGCAUUGACAUGUUAGCUAGUCUUGUGAUUUUAGAGAGCUAGUAAUCAUGUCUCCGUAAACUGUUCUUUCUCUGCCUCUGUCUCUCUUAUAAAUCUUUUUGUUUACUGAUUUUAUUUCAAAUCGUAAUCAUGCAUACCUGUUUUAUUGGUGACGACUUCUCUCAGGAUAAGGGAAGAAAAUUAUACUGACUGUUUAGAAAAUUCCUCUACUGUAAAUUGAAUCACGGCUGGGGAGUUUUAGGGUGCUGUAGUUAAAGAAUGAAUAGGGUGGUUAAUUAGUAGUAGCUUAGUGGUUGCAUCUGGGUUUUUACCCUUUUUAUUUAUUUUCUACAUCAAAAUGAGAGUUCACAAAUGGAUGUGGAUCUCACUGCACAAUGCAUGAAACUCUUGGGAGAUAUUUUGGUUCCCUUGGGUUCUUCGACCAUGGUUAGGACUUAGGUACGUUAAUUUUCAACUCUCUCUCUUUACUUAAUGGAACAUUUUUACCUGGAGAUGGAUCAGGACAGAACAGUAUACUGUUUCAUUUAUUUAUUUAUGUAUGUAAUGUAUGUAUGGUUUGUAUUCUACCUAGGAUAUAUAAUAUUUAUUCUCUAACCACGGUGGUUGAGAAUGGAUUUUACAUAUAGAUGCUUUAAUUUCAAGCUUCUAUUAUAUAUUUUUACUUUAUGCUCUUAA